AAAGCAACAUGAGCGCAGUUUUAUUCCUCUCCUUUGUUUGUUGCAUUGGGGCACAAGGCAUUCAGCAGCCAAAACGUUUGCAAGCCUCUAAACUGGGAGAUAACAUCACUGUUGAGUGCUUUUUACACAUAAAAGAUUAUAACAAUGUAGUGUGGUACAAGCAGGAGAUGGGAAUGAAUCUUCAAGCCAUUUCAAAAACUUACAUUUACCUGACAAAAGUUGAUUUUGCUGAUGGAUAUAAUGAUGGUCGUUUUAAUGUAACAAUAAGCAAAGGCAUUUAUCAUUUACACAUUUCCUUGACGAAAAAGGAAGAUAUAGCAACAUACUUUUGUGGAGUGAUAUCUUUAGGAGAACUGACUUUUGGACCUGGAACAUUUUUGAUGCUUCACGAACAGCACACUGCAACAACAGUUUUUCAGGAGCCUAUUUCAGAUAAAGUUCACAUUGGAGACAACAUUACCCUCAUGUGCAGAGUGCAAACACCACAUGAGAAAUGUAAAGUAGGACACCAUGUUUACUGGUUCAGAGAAGCUGCAGAUGAAUCUGGUUCUGGCAUCAUUUAUACUGAUGGAGAUAUGAAGAAACAUGAAGAGAUCUGUAAGGAUGUUUCUACUUCACAAACCUGCAUUUACACCCUCACAAAGAGGAACCUCAGCCUUUCAGAUGCUGGUACUUACUACUGUGCUGUACUGAUGUGCGGAAAGAUACUGUUUGGAAAUGGAACUUCUCUGGAAUUCAACUCAAUUUCUGGUAAACGAGUUGACAACAAGUCUUUGUUUCUUAUACUGCUCACAUCAAACAUAAUUUCUAUGAUAAUAAUGAUCUUACUUGUGGCUGUGCAAAGUAAAGACCAAUGCAGCUCAUCAGUCAACAGAUCUUGUGAUCAAGAGACAUCUGAAGGUACUCAGAUUGGAGAUGCCUUGACUUACACAUCUGUGAGUUUCAGCAGUAAAUCACGGCCCUCUAGAGGUGCUAAACAACACAUCAUUUCCCAGCAUGCUGAUGUCUAUUCACAGAUCAGAUUCUAACAGAACCACUGGAAAACAUAAAUAUGUUUCUGCACUUUCUGUGAGUGAUCCAAAUGUGCAAAUGCAUAAAG